CAGCAGAUUUUGUUUGGCAACAAGAGAGCACCCGUUGUGUAACGCUGCGGUUUAGUUAAUAUCGAUUAUUCCUCUACCAAAACAAACACUUGUCUCCUUUUUAAACUGAGAGCAAACCGGACACUGGUCCCUUUUCUCCUCGGUACCGCACAGGGGGACAACAUGGUGCUCGGAAACCGCAGUUGUCCGCUAAUCCCUUGGCUGGCCCUGGCCGCAGUGCUGGGAUCGGUACUCGGGCUCGGUGAGGAUCUCGACCGGCCUCUGUUCGGUCCCCCCGGGUCCCCCAUCCAGCUGAAGGAGUCCGACCCGGGCCUCAGGAAGGCACUGCUGUUUGCAGAGGAGCGCUACAACCGGGGCUCCAACGCCAUGCACCUCCGCAGAGUCAGCCGGUUCAUCUCUGCCUCCAAACAGCUGGUUAAAGGAAUCCGUUACACUUUGACAGUGGAACUGAGUAACACUCAGUGUAAGAAAUCCAACAUGCUCAGGACAUGUGACUUCUACCCCGAGCAACACAAACUCAAGACCGAGGUGUGUGUGUUUGAAGUGUGGGACGUUCCCUGGCAGGGCACCUCAACUCUGCUCAAACAGAAAUGCCAGCCUAAAGGUCAGUCAGCAAAAUCUGAGUCUGAAGAGACCAACAAAGUGGAGGAUUCAUCCACCAGUCAUCCUCUGGAGGAGUCUGUGGAGCUGCUGGGCCAGUUCAAAGAGUUCAUGGUUAAAUACAACAAGGUGUACAGCAGCCAGGAGGAGACCGACCGCCGCUUGCUCAUCUUCCAUGAGAACCUGAAGACCGCUGAGAAGCUCCAGUCUUUGGAUCAAGGUUCAGCUGAGUACGGAGUCACCAAGUUCAGUGACCUAACGGAGGAGGAGUUUCGCUCUACUUACCUCAACCCGAUGCUCAGUCAGUGGACUCUCCACCGACAAAUGAAACCAGCCCCUCCUGCCAAAGGCCCUGCCCCUGACAGCUGGGACUGGCGGGACCGUGGAGCUGUCAGCUCUGUUAAGAACCAGGGUAUGUGUGGAUCGUGCUGGGCGUUUUCUGUCACGGGAAACAUCGAAGGCCAGUGGUUCCUGAGAAAUGGAACAUUGCUGUCGCUUUCAGAACAAGAGCUGGUUGACUGUGACAGACUGGACGAGGCGUGCAGAGGCGGCCUCCCUUCAAAUGCUUAUGAAGCUAUUGAGAAGCUGGGUGGCCUGGAGACGGAAACGGACUACUCCUACACGGGGCACAAGCAGACGUGCGACUUCACCGCCAGAAAGGUCGCCGCCUACAUCAACAGCUCGGUGGAGCUGUCCAAAGAUGAGAAGGAGAUUGCAGCCUGGCUGGCUGAGAAUGGACCAGUCUCUGUUGCUCUGAAUGCUUUUGCGAUGCAGUUCUACAGGAAGGGUGUUUCACAUCCUCUGAAGAUCUUCUGCAACCCCUGGAUGAUCGACCACGCUGUGCUGAUGGUGGGAUAUGGAGAACGUAAAGGUAUCCCAUUCUGGGCUAUCAAAAACAGCUGGGGGGAGGACUAUGGCGAACAGGGUUACUACUACCUACACAGGGGGUCCAACGCAUGUGGGAUCAACAGGAUGUGCUCGUCUGCUGUAGUCAACUAAACCACCAAAACCAUCCAGUGGCCGCCAUCCGACCCAGCAGCUACACUACUCAUAGUCACACUGUGACACACUCACUGGAUGUCCUAACGACGUUUAAUUUCCGUUAAAACCAAAUUAGUGUUUUAUCUUCAUGCCUCAAACAUCAUGUAACUACAAAAUCAUACCAGCUGGAAUAAGGCUCGCUUUGAUGUGAUGACGAUUUUUCUUUAUUUAAUUUUAAACUUGAUUUGAUGUGCACAUUUCAUUCCGUUAGCCGGGCAGUUCAUCGUGAUUGCUGUGUUUUAGGUGGUAUUGUUUUAACUCAUCUUUCCACUCAGUAACUGAGCCAGUGCUUGAAGACCAACUUACUCGCUGUAGACUAAUAUUUUGUCAGUAUACUUGGCUAUUUGUUUACAAGUGUCUGCUAAUGUUAUGUACUUGAAAGGUUUCUAUUUUGGAAAGAUGGCACGUGGACUUUACAGUGGAAUCUGCACAUACUAGUUGCUGCAAUGCAACUGUAAUGACUGUAAGACUGUGAGAUAUGAAUGAAGGUUGAAUAAAACAGACUUUGAACCCA